GACACUUGACCGCUCACCGUUCACAAUUCACUCGAGAUUUACGAACAAAAAUAAUUGAAAAUGGCUGCGAGCCGUCGGAAACAAGACGACAAAAAUUUAGAAAUUCUACGUGAACUUAUAUCACAGAGUGGAAACAAAUAUUGCUUAGACUGUAAUCAGAGAGGUCCUACCUAUGUAAACACGACAAUAGGUUCAUUUGUUUGUUCAAAAUGUUCGGGAAUGUUGCGUGGUCUUACUCCACCGCAUCGGGUGAAGUCAAUAUCCAUGGCCACAUUUACACCAGAGGAGAUAGAAUUUAUAAGAGUAAGAGGAAAUGAUUACUGUAGGCGCGUAUGGCUAGGCCUAUACGAGGGUGAAAGUGUAAACUACACUGACGAACAACGCGUUAGAGAUUUCAUGUCAGAUAAAUACGAAAAAAAGCAAUAUUAUCUAGAAUCGCCGCCAAACAAUGCGCCGAUUACAAACGGAUCUUCGUCACAGAAAACUAAAAAUAAACAGAAAUCGGCCAGCACAACCGUUACGGCACCUCUAAUCGCAAUAUCCCCGCAAAUUUCUAAAAGUUCGGCGUUUAACAGCGUGCCUAGUGCGGCGAAAGUUUUGCCUGUUAUGUCAUCAGGGCAAGAUAUAAAUCAUAAAAUAGCUAGACCUGUAAAUAAUCUCGCGCCACCGCUAUUUAAUAAUAAUAUUGCGGCACCGCCAGCUGCACCUGUUCAACCACCUGUACCUGAUUUUCCUGUCGAUUUUUCCACUGCAAAUAUAUACAACAGUGCACAAAAUAAUAAUAACUUCAACAGCAAUAUAAACAACAAUUUUGCUAGUCAACCUACAUCAACUGCUACAUCAUCUUUUAAUGCUUUUAAUUCUACAAAUAACAAUGCUGCAAAUGAUCGCUACGCUGCCCUAGCUGACCUUGAUCUAGUUUUUAGACAGCAAAAUAUGAAGAAUAUGGAGGAUAAUGUUAUAAGCAAGAACCCUUUCCAAAGCACAAAUAGUGAAGUUUUUGCGAAUAAAAAUCCUUUUUUCAAUGGAGGUUGGAGUGCUCCACCUGCACCAGUUCCUGUUAAUCCAUUUAUGCCGUCCAAUAAUGGAAGCUUUGUGAACUCCAAGAAUCCAUUCCUUUGAUGGUCUGAGAGCAAGAUCUGGGUUCAAGAACAAACAAAUUUACGUAACUAAAGCACAAAAAAAGCUACAAAUGUAAUGUUGUCUUAUUCUGUUAUAUAACCAUUAUUUAUUUUUAAGUAUAUACAUUUUGCCAUAGUGCUUAUUUUAAUGGUUGUAACUUAAAGUGCCUCAAUCUGCCUUAAACUUCAAAUCAUAUACAUAUAUAUUCUUGUAUGGGCUGUUAUAAUAGUAAAUAGAAAAUGCUAAAGUAUUUGGAACAUGUGUAUAUUAAAAUAUUAUUAAAUAGUAUGGACUGUUAAGGUAUCAAUUGAGAUGUUGGUCUGAGCUUUAUUAAUUGUAGUUUUACUUAGUAUAUAGAGAAAAUUGAGUCGGGCUUAGUCAUUAUUUUAUUGGCAUGACAAUUAAUAAACAGUUAUAUUAUAAUCACCUUUAUAAAAUAUAUAGAAGGUAUGAACAUGGUAUAUACAGCUAAACAAUUAGAUGAGUCAGCGGCCCUAAUGUGUAAUGUGUGAUGUCAUUGUACCAUUUGCUGCCCAUGUUGGCGUAAAGCCUCCGAUUUGUGUAUCGCGAUAAGUUCUUCUAUAAAACAGUAUGAAGAUUUAUGAUAAAAUAAUACUAAAGGGAAAAUGAAAUUAAUACAACUCAAUAUUUUUUUUAUAUAUUUUUUUUUAAUAGAACAAAUACUCAAGUCACAAAAUUGUUGCAAUGAAAAAGGCGAUGUGCGAAAGGCUUUGCAAGUGAUUUAAUGUACAAAUUUUGACAUGACAGAGAUUUCGAAAUUAGCACAAUUUAGAUUAUAUAAUUAUUUAAGAAAAUUAUAUAUAAAAAGAGGAAGUUGAGAGGCUAACGAUAAAUAUAUAAUGAAUAUUGAAAUUAAUAUUAUUAAUGUUUUCCUGUUUUUGAAUUGUUAUUUAGUUCAGCUAUGUAUUAUAGCUUCCAACUAAAAAUAUUAAAGAUUAUUUUUAGCAUAUUUUGUAUACUUUUUUAAUGAUUCAAUGAACUCACCUCUCAAAUUCUAUUUCUAUCUGUGAUUGUAACCAGUAAUUAAUUUUUCUGCAGCAUUGAUCAAUUUUCGAAGUUUUAUUCAUGCACUUGACUAUGUAUUUAUUUAGUUGUAAUUAUUUUUACUCUUUGAGCACUGAGAUCUGUUAAUUUGUAUAGAAGAUGUAAAAAUAAAUCAAUAAGAAUA